AUGAAUCCCAUUGCUGAACGCGUGGCACAGCUCGCCCUGUCGACCUUCAACUCGCUGCCUCCGAAAUGUAAACCACGCACUUUACCGGAUGGCACGACCGAAUGGACGCCAAUGUCAGCAGUGGUUCUGGCACGUGAAGGACAGGGUGUACCUCCUCUAACCUGUGUCUCGCUGGCCACGGGAACUAAGUGUCUGCCAGCUUCUGCUUUGCCCAGAUGUAAGGGUUUUGUGGUCCAUGAUUCACACGCAGAGAUCCUGGCGUUGCGCGGAUUCAAUCGAUGGCUCCUUUCGGAACUCGAGGCAGUCCUGGGUGAUCCAGACUACAAAUCACCCUACCUGGAGUUCUCCCCGCGAGACGAGGCUGGGGUGAGUGUGGGUGGCCCGUUCAGACUGAAAGACAAUGUGACCAUCUACUUCUUUACCACCGAAGCGCCGUGUGGUGAUGCGUCGAUGGAGAUCUUGAUGGAAUCUUUCCCUGCUGGUGACACAAGUCCGUGGUCAGUUGACAGCAAUACCGCCACCCCUCUGCAAGGCCGGGGUUAUUUCUCUUUGCUGGGCUACGUCCGUCGAAAGCCCGCCCGGGGGGAUGCUGAGCCAAGCGGCUCCAAGUCUUGCUCAGACAAGCUCGCUGUCAAGCAAUUCACUAGUGUGUUGUCCUUCCCAGCUGACCUGUUCGUAGAGAGGACUGCGAAUGCAUACAUCAAAAGCAUUGUGGUCUUCGCUGAUCAAUACCAUCCCGUGGGUUAUCAGCGUGCAUUUGGGCCUGAAGGACGCUUGUCGCCGCUCAAGGAUGCAGCAACUUUCUUCACUAUUGAACGUUUACCUGCGAACUUUGCCAGAUUCGCAUUCGAAAGACGGCUGCCAACUUCUGCCAGCUCGAUGCAGGUGAAAUCCAAAACAAGUAACAUCUCGGCACUAUGGGUGCAAGCAGCUGGCACGAACCGGGCGAAUGUGGUUGAAGUUCUCAUCAAUGGCGUGAAGCAGGGUUACAGACAAUGGGACGACAGAUCCGCCAAAGCCAGCAUGGUCUCCAGAAUGGAAUUAUGGACCAUUGGCCUCAGGAUCAGCAAACUUCUCGAACAUGUGGACGUCUUCGAUGCCCGAAACGGUGUACCUGGUCAGAGUGACAUUAAUUGGUGCAAGAUGAUUCGGAGCACACUUUCCGCAAGUACAUACGAAGAGGCUGAAUCGUCCACCUUGAGAAUGGUUCACAAAAAAUGCAAGAAUCAUGUUACCGAUACACUGGAUAAUUGGACCAAGAACGCUGGCGACAGUGACUGGAGCUGUAUUCCCCCUGAUCGGCUGCCGCGCACACCCCUAGAACGCGGAUGUUCUGCACAAAGUUCACAGUCUUUGUUCAACGAGAAAGGCAGUCCCUCACUGCCUUGA